AUGGAGGCUGUGGCCACUUACACAAGCCCUGUGUGCCCCACACCCCCAGCACACUGUUACGGUCCUGUGGGAUCCAGGAAAACAGGCCUCUCUGCUCAUCAGAGACAGGAGGAGUCCAAGGGCAUCCUGUGGGCAGCAGCUGCAAAAGCCAGCACACAGGACGCAAGAAGCAGCUCGCUCAGCAGAAGAAGCUGGUGUUCAGGGGCUGGGCGGCGGGAGAGCGCUAAGGACGCCCGCCAGUCUUGGGCGCCAGAGCGUGGCUCCAGCAAGCGUUCAAACUUGUGUCAGAUCAGAUGUCUGCGCCUCCGGUUGUUGCUCCAAGACCACGAAAAGCAAGAGAGCUUCUCCUACGCAAAGUUCAGCUGUUCCUGCAUAUGCUGCCUCCACGCGGGCCCGCAGGCGGCUGAUAAAUCAGUGGAUGGAGUGAAUCACUCUGUGGUGUCAGAGUUUGUGUUCGUGGGACUCACCGAUUCCUGGGAAAUUCAGCUUCUCCUCUUUGUGUUCUCCUCCAUGUUUUAUGUGGGAAGCAUGAUGGGAAACUCCCUCAUUAUGCUCACUGUGACUUCUGACCCUCACUUACACUCUCCCAUGUACUUUCUGUUGGUCAGCCUCUCCUUCAUUGACCUGGGAGUUUCUUCUGUCAUUUCUCCCAGGAUGAUUUAUGACCUUUUCAGAAAGCGUAAAGUCAUCUCCUUUGAUGGUUGCAUCGCCCAGAUCUUCUUUAUACACUUCAUUGGUGGUGUGGAGAUGGUGCUGCUCAUUGCCAUGGCCUUUGACCGAUAUGUUGCCAUAUGUAAGCCUCUGCACUAUUUGACUAUUAUGAACCAAAAAAUGUGUAUUUUGCUUUCAUUUGUUGCAUGGGUAAUUGGGUUGACCCACUCUGUGAUUCAACUGGUUUUUGUUAUAAAAUUGCCAUUCUGUGGCCCUAAUGUGUUAGACAGCUUUUAUUGUGACUUUCCUCGGCUCAUCAAACUUGCCUGCACAGAUACUUCCAGUCUAGAGUUCAUGGUCAUAGCCAACAGUGGGUUCAUAUCUCUGGGAUCAUUCUUCAUAUUGAUUGUCUCAUACAUUUCUAUCCUGAUCACUGUUCGGAAACACUCUUCAGGAGGCUCAUCUAAGGCCCUGUCCACUUUGUCAACUCAUGUCAUGGUGGUGGUUUUGUUCUUCGGUCCUUGCAUCUUUGUUUAUAUCUGGCCUCACCCCAACUCACACCUAGACAAAUAUCUUGUUGUUUUUGAUGCGGUUCUCACUCCUUUUUUUAAUUCACUCAUCUAUACAUAGGAACAAAGAAAUGAAAGUGGCAAUGAGGAAAGUAUGCAGUCGAUUUAUUAUAUAUAG